AUGGCCCCAAUUACCAAAUACAAGUUGCCAUAUAAACUGGUCACCGAGUUUGCCAUAUUAGCCACCAAAUUUGCUUCGUCUUUGACUGGCAUUGUAGAGACCACAGUUGGUGGGGAUGAUCGCUUUUGUGGCUUGCCUGUGGGCUGUAGGGUGGAAGCAUUGAAGAAUGGAAGUGGAUAG